CCUCCUCCGUCAUGGCCCACCUGCCCCACAUCAUCCACACAAACACCCUUGGGGGUUCCCUUAACCCCCUCUUUCGCCUCUCCUUUUAUUUUCGGACCUCGAAAGGACAGGCUGCGGCAGGCAGAGGGUGGCCGGCAGGGCGAGGGUGGCCGGCGGAGCUCCUGCAUGUCCCAUCCUCUCUUUCCUCCCCUUCUUCCCUUUCUUUCCUCCUGGCCUGGCUCUCCUUGGACCAGCCCAGAGCAUCCUUUGGCGGCUCCUGCAUCCCGGAGCGAGCGGCAUCCUCCUCUGCAGCAUCAGGACCACUCUGCAGGGAUAACGCCGCAGCAGUAGCAGCAGCAAAGCACAGCCGAAGCGGAGACAGAGAGGAAGGGGGAGAAAUAGACCUGCAUACGAAAUGCGUGGUGGACGUGGAUGCAAACAAAGUGAUUCUCAAUCCGGUGAACACCAACCUUUCGAAAGGAGAUGCCAGGAGCCAGCCAAAGGUCUUUGCUUACGAUCACUGCUUCUGGUCAAUGGAUGAAGCCGUCAAAGAAAAAUAUGCAGGCCAAGAUAUUGUUUUCAAGUGCCUUGGAGAAAACAUUCUCCAGAAUGCUUUUGAAGGCUACAAUGCCUGUAUCUUUGCCUACGGACAGACCGGGUCCGGAAAAUCCUACACCAUGAUGGGCACCGCCGACCAACCGGGAUUAAUCCCGCGACUCUGCAGCACCCUCUUCGAAAGGGCCCAGAAGGAGGAGAGCGAGGAGCAGAGCUUCAAAGUGGAGGUGUCCUACAUGGAGAUUUACAACGAGAAGGUCAGAGACCUGCUGGACCCAAAAGGGAGCCGACAGUCCUUAAAAGUCAGAGAACACAGCGUCUAUGGGCCUUACGUGGAUGGGCUUUCCAAAUUGGCCGUGGCCAGCUACAAGGACAUAGAGUCUUUGAUGUCUGAAGGCAAUAAGUCCCGGACAGUCGCCGCAACCAACAUGAACGAAGAGAGCAGUCGAUCCCACGCGGUCUUCAAGAUCAUCCUCACGCACACCUUGUACGACGUCAAAUCAGGGACGUCGGGUGAGAAAGUGGGCAAGCUGAGCCUCGUGGACUUAGCCGGCAGCGAAAGGGCCACCAAGACCGGCGCCGCAGGAGACAGGCUGAAGGAGGGGAGCAACAUCAACAAGUCCCUGACAACUCUGGGAUUGGUCAUUUCUGCGCUUGCGGAUCAAGCUGCUGGCAAAAACAAGAAUAAGUUUGUCCCAUACCGCGACUCAGUGCUCACGUGGCUCCUCAAAGACAGCCUUGGGGGCAACAGCAAGACCGCCAUGGUCGCUACGGUCAGCCCGGCUGCUGACAAUUACGACGAGACCCUUUCCACCCUGCGAUAUGCCGACCGGGCCAAAAACAUCGUGAACCAUGCCGUGGUCAACGAAGACCCCAAUGCCCGGAUCAUCCGGGAGCUGCGGGAAGAAGUGGAGAAACUCAGGGAACAGCUCACCAAAGCCGAGGCAAUGAAAUCUCCAGAACUGAAAGACCGCUUGGAAGAGUCUGAAAAACUUAUCCAGGAGAUGACAGUGACUUGGGAGGAGAAGCUACGGAAAACAGAAGAGAUUGCACAGGAGCGGCAGAAGCAACUUGAAAGCCUUGGCAUCUCUCUCCAGUCUUCUGGGAUCAAAGUGGGAGACAACAAGUGCUUCCUGGUCAAUCUGAACGCCGACCCCGCACUCAAUGAACUUCUGGUCUAUUAUUUAAAGAAUCACACUUUGAUUGGGUGCGAUAACUCCCAAGACAUCCAGCUUUGUGGACUGGGGAUCCUUCCUGAACACUGUAUAAUAGAUAUCACCUUGGAUGGCCAAGUCAUGUUGACACCUCAGAAGAAUGCAAGGACAUUCGUCAAUGGCACUGCGGUUGCAAGCCCUACACAGCUCCAUCAUGGGGACAGAAUACUCUGGGGAAACAAUCACUUUUUCAGGCUGAAUUUGCCAAAAAAGAAGAAGAAAGUAGAAACGGAGGACGAAGACAAAGACAGCUCAAUGAAAGGAAGCAACAGCUCAGAGCAGCUGGAUUUAGAUGGCGACAGCUCCAGCGAAGUAUCCAGCGAGAUUAGCUUCAGCUAUGAAUAUGCCCAGAUGGAGGUGACCAUGAAAGCGCUGGGUGGCAAUGAUCCUAUGCAGUCCAUUUUGCAAAGCCUGGAACAGCAGCACGAAGAGGAGAAGCGGUCUGCCUUAGAGAGGCAAAGGCUGAUGUACGAACACGAGUUGGAGCAGCUUCGAAGGCGCCUCUCUCCAGAGAAGCAGCACUACCGGGCCAUGGAUCGGUUCUCCUUCCACUCUCCCAGCGCUCAGCAGCGGCUGCGGCAAUGGUCCGAAGAGAGAGAAGAAAUGCUGAGCUACAGCCUCAGGAAACUGAGAGAGCAGAUCAUGAAGGCCAACCUGUACACACGCGAAGCCAGUUUCAUAGCCGAAGAGAUGGACAAGCGGACGGAGUACAAGGUCACCCUGCAGAUCCCGGCCUCGAGCCUUAACGCAAACCGAAAGCGAGGUGCCGUUCUCAGCGAGCCAGCCAUUCAAGUGAGACGGAAAGGCAAAGGCAAACAGAUCUGGUCCCUGGAGAAACUAGAAAACCGGCUCGUCGACAUGAGGGACCUUUACCAGGAAUGGAAGGACUGCGAGGAAGACAACGUGGCAAGUAGGUCUUAUUUCAAGCGGACGGAUCCCUUCUACGAUGAGCAGGAGAACCACAGCCUCAUUGGCGUCGCCAACGUCUUCCUUGAGUCCCUCUUCUAUGACGUCAAACUUCAAUAUGCGGUGCCCAUCAUCAAUCAGAAAGGAGAGGUUGCUGGCCGUUUGCAUGUGGAAGUGGUGCGUGUGAGUGGAGAGAUCGGGGAGCGCAUCGCCGGAGGUGAGGACAGCAUGGAGAGCUUCUCUGAGAACGACCUCCAGGAAAACAAGUUAGUGUGCAUGAUUAAAAUCCUCCAGGCCACUGGUUUGCCUCAGCACCUCUCCAACUUUGUCUUCUGCAAGUACACUUUCUGGGAUCAAAUGGAACCCGUGACGGUGGCCCCCGAGAUGGACCCCUCUCUCUCGCCCGUCAGCAAGGAGCCGCGGUGCAUGGUCGUCUUCGACCAUUGCAAUGAAUUGUCUGUCAACAUUACGGAUGAUUUUAUGGAGUAUCUUUCCGACGGUGCUUUGGCCAUUGAGGUUUAUGGGCACAAGCAAAGCGACACUUGCAAAAACCCAGCUCUGUGGGACCUGGGAAUCAUCCAGGCCAAAACACGAAGCCUCCGGGACAAGUGGAGUGAGGUCACGCGCAAAGUGGAGUUGUGGGUUCAGAUUCUGGAGCUCAAUGAGAACGGGGAAUAUUGCCCUGUCGAGGUGAUUCCAGCCAAGGACGUGCACACAGGUGGCAUCUUUCAACUCAGGCAGGGACAAUCGCGUAGAAUUCAAGUGGAAGUGAAGUCUGUGCAAGAAUCGGGAACGUUGCCUCUCAUAGAAGAAUCCAUUCUAUCUAUUGGAGUGGGUUGCGUCCAGAUCAGGAACAUUAAGUCACCUAAAAGUCACGAGAAUCAUCAGGAAGAUGAUGAUGACAUGGACAGCUACCAGGACAGAGACUUGGAGAGGCUGCGUCGGAAAUGGCUGAAUGUGCUCACGAAACGCCAGGAGUAUCUCGAUCAACAGUUACAGAAACUUGUAGGAAAGCCAGACAAAACAGAAGACGAUGCAGACCGAGAAGCCCAGCUGUUAGAGAUGAGGUUGACUCUUACAGAAGAGCGGAAUGCCGUCAUGGUGCCUUCCGCUGGCAGUGGCAUCCCUGGAGCCCCUGCAGAGUGGACACCUGUGCCUGGAAUGGAGACGCAUAUCCCAGUCCUCUUCCUUGAUUUGAAUGCGGAUGACUUUAGCUCUCAGGACAAUCUGGACGAGCCAGAAGCUGGCGGAUGGGAUGCAACCUUGGCAGCUGAAGAGGAAGAUGAGUUCUUUGAGCUGCAGAUUGUCAAGCACCAUGAGAGUGAGGCAAAGGCUGAAGCUUCGUGGGACUCCACGGUCCACAACUGUGCGCAGCUCAGCCGAGGGGCGACGGGCGAGCAGAGAGUCUUCCUGAUUGUGCGGGUGACGGUGCAGCUGAGCCACCCGGCCGAAAUGCAGCUGGUGCUUCGCAAGCGCAUCUGUGUCAACAUCUACGGCAAACAGGGAUUUGCUCAGAGUUUAUUGAGAAGGAUGUCUUACCGGAGUUCUGUGCCUGGCUGCGGAGUGACAUUUGAAGUCGUUUCGAACAUCCCGGAGGAUGCUCAAGGAGUAGAGGAACGGGAAGCACUGGCAAGAAUGGCGGCCAACGUUGACAAUGCCGCUUCGGCCGAUUCAGAAGCCCAUAUUGAGAAAUACCUCCGAAGCGUCCUGGCUGUGGAGAACAUCCUCACUCUCGACCGGCUGCGUCAGGAAGUUGCCGUGAAAGAACAGCUGGGAGGCAAAGGGAAACUGUAUCGAAAGAGCCUCAGUUCUCCAAAUGUCAAUCGACUCUCAGGAAGCCACCAGGAUCUCAAUCCGCCCUACAGCCUCGCGACGUACAAAUGUCCAAAGGUCCCCACCGAGAACCGUUGGGAAAGCCAUCAAGACGUAUCGCAAGCCUCUGCACAAUCCAACAAGUCCAGGCCGAGUCUCCUGGCCUCUCCGCAGCAGAACGGCUCUGCCGAUCCAGGACUCGGUGGCCUCGCGGCUGCUUACUUGAAUCCCGUGAAGUCUUUUGUGCCUCAGAUGCCAAAGCUGCUUAAAUCCCUGUUUCCGGUGAGAGAUGAGAAAAAGGGAAGGCAAACCUCUCCGCUCAUCCCGCAGCCUGUCCCUCGUAUUAUGGUCCAGUCGGCCAGUGUUGAUGCCAGCUCUGCAAAACUGAAACAGCUGACUCAAGGAGAAGGCAACAAAGAGCCCUUUGAGGUGGCCGCCCAGUCGACAGGCUUAGAGAAGACCCUCGAAAGGUCUCCCAAAGUGCCUCCACAGCCGUCCACGCCGGACAUUCAAGCGCAGGACUCCCAAGAAGGGCCACCGAGUCCUUUGAGUGAAGCCUCCAGCGGCUACUUCUCUCACAGCGUUUCGACGGCGACUCUUUCAGAAGCGCUUACGUCAGGGAACGAGGCCUCUCUUCCAGCUGGGAGCCAGACACCCACCGCCAUCGAUGUGGCCCAGCCUUCAGUGACUACUCAAGCAACCUCUAUUGUUGAGACUCCAAUAAAAUCAUACCCUGUUUCAGAUUCCGAGUCAAACUCUUCUCUUGCAAGGGGUGAUCUGUUUACCCCUGGCCUUAAACUUGACCAUGCAAGAACUAAGGACUGGGACAAAGUGGAUAGUAGUGGCAACUUGAGGUCAAGGUCCCAUGUUUCUUCCGCAACUCCAAGUGAAGGCCAUAAUGCCACCUCUUUGGCUACUGAGAUGGAUACACGCUGCUCUUCAUCCUCGCCUUCAAAAAAAGACUUGCACUCAUCUCAACAGCCUGGAAGUCCUCCCGUUGUCUCCCGAUAUGCAAAACCGGCACCUGCCUCUGAAACAAGGUCCUCCAGAUCCCAAGUCCUUCCUGAGCUUUCACCGCAGUCCAACGUCGUGGUAUCCCCAUUCAAAAUCCAAAGAGUAAAGACAUCCGAACUCAAGUCUUUCUCCAACAUGUUGGGAGGAGAACCAGGGGGGUUAUUGGGUCUGGAAGAGGAAAAGAGCCAGGAGGGCCAGGACGACACGGAAGCCAGUCUCGAGGAAAAAGCAGAUGCGGCGUCUGACUCGGAAGAAGGCAACGAGAUCCCUGACUGGUUGAAGGAGGGCGAGUAUGUGACUGUCGGUACGAAUAAAAGCGGGACCGUGAGAUACGUUGGUCCAACGGACUUCCAAGAGGGAACCUGGGUGGGAGUUGAAUUGGAUUUGCCAUCAGGUAAGAAUGACGGUUCAAUCGGAGGAAGGCAAUACUUCAAGUGUAAUCCGGGCUACGGGCUCCUGGUGAAACCGAGUCGGGUCAAAAGAGCCACGGGGCCCCUCAGGCGCAGGAGUGCUGGGACGAAGCUCCAAGGAGGAGCCGUGCAGGAGCACCGGCGGAGCGGGACCUUCUCUGGCUCGGCCUCCAACUUGGCCUCCCUGACCGCCUUGGCCAAAACGGAAGGGGGGUCCACCCCGCGGCCAGAGAGGAACCCGAAGAACGCGGAGAACAGGAAAUCGUGGGCAAACUGACAGGGUGAGGCAGCGGGUUGCCCUCAACACUACUUUACUGAGUGGAUGCUUCUUUGGAGUGGCCUUAUUUUGCACAACCGAGCCACCCUGGUGUGUGUUUCAGGGCGGGGGACAGCCGCAGUUGCAGAACAGAAACCCCCCUCAGGCGGGUGGCAAGGUGUCUACGUUUCAUGUUUUUACUUGGGUCACCUGUUAGACUUUCCUUGCCAUGAAGGAGUUUCCGGUCGAGGCUCCUGAUGCAAACGGUGACCCUUUGCUGUGUGUCCUUGUCUGUGUGUCUUCACCCCUCCCAAACAACCACAAGGUUGUGAUUGUGCAAUUCAUGCCAUUCACAGCAUCUGUCCUGCUCCUAGUUGGGCUCCUAUUGACUUUUUUUUCCCUCAAGAAAGGAUGCCAAACAUAACUUGCUGUCAAAGUGCUGUAAUUCUUUAGAAAUUUCAAAAACUGAUGUCACUUCUUUGAGCCGCGAAGAAGCGAAAGAAAACGAUCACAUGACUGGGCAGGUCACAACUUUCUCCGAAAGGCGCCUGGCUUGAGUGUGGUUCUCUGGUCUUAAAGCUCUUCUGGUUGAUAUCACAAGAAGGUAUUUAUGCCUGAUGGUGCUGGAAUGAGGUUUUGACACCUAACAUUGCCUUCUUUUAAAAAAUCCUUAACAUUACGAACAUCCUUAAUCGGAGUUGAUAGUGGUGGAUUAAUAUGUCAUCUGUGUUUUCUGGUUGAAAAAAGGAAAACAAAGCCUGAGCAGAAAGAGAAAGGGAAGAGUGCUUCUCUCCCCUUGAGCCAGUAGUAGCAUUUCAACAAUGCUACUCGGUAUGUCAAGUUUGAUUCCAAAUUAUAUUGGACCAAGGUUGGUGCCAAGAAGGGUCUUCACUUCCUAAACUAAACUCAUCCUUCCUAGCAAAGUAGGUUUUAGCCCAUUUGUAAAAACAGAUGUUGAUUCCCCCCUCCCCACCACUGGUAUAGUAUUUAUUUGUUAUUUAUUGCUAUGUUUUAAAAUAAUAUUAAAUCCUUUGCGACCCACAAUCAAGUCAUUGACUACCGUGAUGCAGAGCCAUGGGACAGGGCAAAUCAGUCUCUUUGCGCCAUUGCUGGGCCCCUGGUUGCCCUCUUCCCGUUUAGAUGGCCACUUGCUGCUCCUUUGGACCUCUUUGCUUCAAACUAUGAAAGGACUGGAGAAGUGGUAAUACAUUUACAUUAACACUAUCAAGAUACAGAAGUGGUAACCUAACUGGUAUUUAUAAUGUAGGUUGGGUAUCCCUUAUCCAAACUUCUUGGGACCAGAAGUAUUUGGGAUUCAUUCAGGCUUUGGCAUAUAUGUAAAUAAUGAGAUAUCUUUGAGAUGGAACCCAAAUCUAAACAUGAAAUUAUUUGAUGUUUCAUAGACAUCUUAAUAAUAUUUGUUGUUUAUUAUUGCCAAUUCAGCUUUGACUUACAGUAGUCCCAUAAAUGAGAGAUGGCCAGGACAUCGGUGUUAUCGACAGCUCAUAUCAUGCAAACUUCCCUGAUUGAAUCAAUCCACUAACAGUGUAGUCUUCCUCUUUUCCUACUGUCUCUUACUUUGUCUUUUCCAUCAAGUUGUGAGGUGCCCAAAGUACAACGGCCUCUGUUUGAUCAUUUUAGCGUCUAGAACAGUGGUUCCCAACCUGUGGGUCCCCAGAUGUUUUGGCCUUCAACUCCCAGAAAUCCUAACAGAUGGUAAACUGCUGGGGUUUCUGGGAGUUGUAGGCCAAAACACCUGGGUACCCACACCUGAAAACCACUGUUCUAGGGAAAGUUGAGUUUUGCUUUGCUCUUGGACCUAAGGCUUUAUAAGAUCGUAAGGUGUAUCUCUUUUUCUACUCUGGAUCAUGUUGGGUGCUCUUUCAGAAAUAAGGAGGGCAUCUACUCAGUGACCAAGCACCUUCCCUGCAUGUAUCAGAUCUCCAUUAAGUCCAGGUGUAGCUGGAAAAAAGCCCUAAAGCCCAGGAAGAUACAUGUUGGAGAGGCAAUGCCCCCUUUUAUCGUUAUUUGUUAGUUCCCGCUUCUCCAAAUAUUAAGCAUAUCAGCCACCCUGUUGAAAUGAAUAGGGCUUAACUAUAUUUCUUCAAAAAAAGAAAAGAAAUAUAGUGAAUUAGAGUGAAUUAGAACCAGACAUCCUGAGGAGUGAGGUUGAAUGGGCCUUAAGAAGCGUUGCUAAUAACAAGGCAGCAGGAGAUGACAGGAUCCCAGCUGAGUUGUUUAAAAUCUUGGAAGAUGAUGCUGUCAAGGUGAUGCAUGCCAUAUGCCAGCAAAUAUGGAACACACAAGAAUGGCCAUCAGAUUGGAAAAAAAAUCAAUUUACAUCCCCAUACCCAAAAAGGAAAACGCUAAAGAAUGUUCAAACUUCCAUACAGUGGCACUUAUUUCCCAUGCCAGUAAGAUAAUGCUCAAGAUCCUGCAAGGCAGACUCCAGCAAUACAUGGAGCGAGAGCUGCCAGAUGUCCAAGCUGGGUUCAGAAAAGGCAGAGGAACCAGAGACCAAAUUGCCAAUAUCUGCUGGAUAAUGGAGGAAGCCAGGGAGUUUCAGAAAAACAUCUACUUCUGCUUUAUUGACUAUUCUAAAGCCUUUGACUGUGUGGAUCAUAAUAAACUAUGGCAUGUUCUUGGUGGUAUGGGGAGACCAAGUCACCUUGUCUGUCUCCUGAGAAAUCUGUAUAAAGACCGAGUAGCCACUUUAUGUACAGACCACAGAACAACAGACUGGUUCAAGAUUGGGAAAGGAGUGUGGACAUCAGGGCUGCAUCCUCUCACUCUCCCUAUUCAACUUGUACGCAGGACACAUCAUGCGACGUGCGGGGCUUGAGGAAUCCAAGGCCAGAAUUAAAAUUGCUGGAAGAAACAUUAACAACCUUAGGUAUGCAGAUGAUACCACUCUGAUGGCUGAAAGUGAGGAAGAGCUGAGGAGCCUUAUCACCAAGGUGAAAGAAGAAAGUGCAAAAGCUGGGUUGCAGUUGAACACCAAGAUUAUGGCAACCAGACUGAUUGAUGACUGGCAAAUAGAAGGAGAAAACGUGGAGGCAGUGACAGACUUUAUAUUUCUAGGCGCAAAGAUCAGUGCAAAUGCAGACUGUAGCCAAGAAAUCAGAAGACGUUUCCUUCUUGGGAGGAGAACAAGGACCAACCUUGACAAAAUAGUGAAGAGCAGAGACAUCACACUGGCAACGAAGGUCCACAUAGUCAAAGCAAUGGUAUUCCCCAUAGUAACCUAUGGAUGCGAGAGCUGGACCAUAAGGAAGGCUGAGCGAAGGAAGAGAGACGCUUUUGAACUCUGGUCCUGGAGGAAAAUCCUGAGAGUGCCUUGGACCUUGGCAAGAAGAUCCAACCAGUCUAUCCUCUAGGAAAUAAUGCCCAAUGGCUGCUCACUGGAGGGAAGGAUAUUAGAGGCAAAGCUGAAGUAUUUUGACCACAACAUGAGAAGACAGGAAAGCUUGGAGAAGACAAUGAUGCUGGGGAAAAUUGAAGGAAAAAGGAAGAGAGGCCGACCAAGAGCAAGGUGGAUGGACGGUAUCCUUGAAGGGACUGGCUUGAACUUGAAGGAACUGGGGGUGGCCACGGCCGACAGGGAGCUCUGGCGUGGACUGGUCAUGAGAUCACAAAGAGUCAGAAAUGACUGAACGAAUGAAGAAGAUAUUUCUUCAAUUCUAAGACACCAUCGAUUGUAAGACACAUACCAAUUUCAAUACCACCCAUAAGGGGAACCCCUGUAAUUCUAAGAUGCACCUCGUUUUUAGAGAGUUUAUGUGGGAGAAAAAUGUGUCUUAGAAUUGAAGAAAUUCAGUAAAUCAGAUGCGAGGUCUGGCAGUUUGGGAGUUUCCAGAAUUGCAUUCGAGAGCCAAGUAUUUCCCCAUCCUGCAAAAUAAUUUGAGGCUUAUGGAUAGAUAAACGUCUUCCUUUUCUCGCUGUUGUUUGAGAGCAUUGGGUGCAACACACCAAUCCCUGGUGUGUUAUAAUACUGUAUUAUUUCACAUCUCUUGUGAAGUUGAAUUUUGGAGGAUUCUUUAAGUGCACUUUACUCCAAAGGAGAAGCAGAGCUCUCAACAAGGAGCCUUGCCAGCCUUAGACCUCAACUCAGAUGGAUCCUAUAGAUCAGAAUGGCCCCAAACAGUGAUCCUCUAGGAGUUUUUGCUAUAAAUCCCUGUGACUCAGAACUGCCUAUUUCUGUCUCACACUUUUAUGCCAUUAAUUGUGAAUAGCCCUCCUUUAAUUUAUAUUCUUAGCUAGUACUACAGCUCUAUAGUCCUUAACACAUAAUAACUUUUAGGUAUGAUUUCAGAAAAACAGAAGAAUUGAAAUCCCAACUGGGACAAUGAGAUAGGUGACAUUUGAGGAAUAGGGAUCAUGUUUUUCCAGGAUACAUCUUCUCUUUGAUACACUUUGUCUCUUCUUUGCUCCAUCCUACUAGUAAUCUAUCCUUAAAAAGAUUUAGGGCCUUCCACGUUUUCAGAUAUGACUUUUGCAUUUUUGAUUAUUCGUGAAUUCAAUUAUAAUGUUCUCCAUAGCAAUCUCUAAGUUUUAUAGGGCAACACUAAGGUCAACUUCUGCUAGAUGUUGAUUGUAGAGAUAUGUUGGAGAACUUAAGAGGUUCCUACAAAGAACAUCUCUAUAUGUAUCUCUAGGCUCUCCAAUGCGAUUUUGGUGGAGUUGUACUGCAGAACCUAGAUAUUCUCAGAGAUGUUCUCUCAGGAUAAAAAAAAAAACAACAAUUUUGGAAAUACGUGGUUUUUAAUCUGUGGCCCUAACCCCAGCAAAUGUGGAAAAUUGAUUAUAGUGUGCAUUUCAUCUAAGAUGUGUAGAGUGAGAGAUAGGUCACCAGGCAGAGAUUGCGGAUGGGAUUUUCCCACGUUGACAAAAGGAACUGUUAAUUUGUGUUAAUCACAGUGACUCCCACGCAAGGUUUGAAGUAUGACAGCAUUGUGACAACGCAGUCUCUGAAAGGAUCCCUUCUUCUUUGCCAUCAUUUUCUUUGACGUUUUAAAUUAUAGAUCAAAAGCUUUCAACUGUCAAGGCAUCCUACUAAAAUUCUCCAUAAAUUCUCUUACAAACUUCUGUUUAUGGUAGUGAGAACUGUUGCCUCUUGGGUUUUUUAAAAUUGCUGCUAUUCACUAGUACACUUCAUUUGCCUCAACAUUUCGAUAUAGGUUUUGUAAACUUGUUUAGCUCAAUUUGGGGAAAGGUUUUGAGUUCUCCGUGAGGAACGCGCAAGAUGUAAUUAAGCCAGUAGAGCUAGAUUAAUUUGACGAAGCCACAGUCCCUUCCUUGGUGCCUUACCUUUUGGUUGUCCAUAUCACAGCUGCUUCAAACCACUUAACAUGGCAGCUUGCAUCCUAUGGAUACACAUUGGUCAAAAAUGGUUAUUGAGAACAAUUUUCUUAACUACUAUCAAAAACCUUCCUUUCAAGGCCAUGGGAAGAAAUUGCUCUAAAGCAGUGGGGUCCCCAGAUGUUUUUGGCCUUCAACUCCCAGAAUUCCUAACAGCUAGUAAACUGGCCUGGAUUUCUGGGAGUUGUAGGCCAAAAACAUCUCGGGACCCAAGGUUGAGAACCACUGCUCUAAAAGUUGAGUUAUCGGAUGAAACACAAUGCCCUGGAGAGCAGCGGUUGGACAUUGAUAUGUGCAUUGGUUCACAGCCAAGAGAAGAUCCAUGUGGCAUAGUUAUAGCAGUGUGAUGUCUCUUCUUCACUGCCAUGGCUCCAUCCUGUGGAAUCCUGAAAGUCCCAUGAUGGAUCUACAAUUCUCUGCCAGACAGGUCCAGUUCUGAGCACUACAAUUCAAGAAAGAUAUGGACAAGAGAAAGGUGACCAUAUAGUCCGAGGUCUGCAAGCCAAGUCCUCAAGAAGAGGCUGAAGGAGCUGAGUGUGUUUAGCUUAGAAAAGAAAAGGCUGAGAAAGGACAUGAGAGCUAUCUUUAAGAUAUUUGCAAGGAUAUCCCAUUGAGGAAGGGACAGUCUUGCUUUCUGCUGUUCUGGAGACUGGGACAAUGGAGCGAUGGAUUCAAGCUGCAGGGAAAAUGACUCCACCUGAACAUUAGGAAGAACUUCCUGAUGGCAAGAGCUGUUCAACAGUAGGAUAUAGUGGAGUAUGGUUGAAUCUCCUUCUCUGGAGGCUUUUAAACAGAGGCUAGAUGAAAGUCUUAUUGAACGGAUUUGGAUUAUGUUUUCCUGCAUGGCAUGGAGUUGAACUGGAGGUCCUGGUAGUAGUCUCUUCUAACUCUGUUUCUACCAGGAUUCCAUAAAAUGUGGACCCAUGGCAGUUGAAGCGGGAUCAAAGUGCUAUACUUAUAUAGUGUAGAAACACUUCUAAGCUGAGAAUUCGAGAUUUUGCAAGCAAAGGCAUUGGCCUCUUCAUAGUUGGUCCACUAAUGUGUUCUCCCUUUACCCACCCAGUUCUUUGGCUGUCAUGGUGCUUUGUGAGAUUUAGCUUUGAGCUAAAGUCAAAAGCCACAUCAUCCAUGAUGUGGGCUACUAAAAAGAUGUGUUAUGGUUGCCACCAUUGCAUUUGUUUAGCAUGGCUGGCAUUUCACAAGAAAGUACCCAGCAAGAGCUGCAAAUCUGGAUUCUCCAUUGGGACUUCUUUUCAAAUUCAGAUCAUAUUUGUGGUUGUGAGUCAAACACAAACCCAUUUCAUCUCACAUUUCCCAAGAUGAACACUUCCGCCAUUGACAGGCCAUUGAAAAACGCUUCCCCACUUCAUAACUGACCUUGGCACUAAUCCCCUGAUAUCUUCAGGCAGCCUUUGACAAGUUUGUCUUUCUGUUUGCUCUGUGUUGAAACGUUUGUGUAAAUGUAGGAGGGUUGUAUAUAAAGAAAAGGAUGUUUAGACUGGUAUCAAGAAGUAUUACUGGUUGUACUUUUUAAAAAAUUUGCUAAAAACCCAAAGAUUCUUGUAAUGAAGUGUAAAGUUUUUAAUGCUCUCUUUUAUUAUACUAAACUUGUAAUAUUGUACCAUAUCUGUGACAUGAUGCUCUCUAAAUAAAUACUUUCUUUACGUCAA